AUGGCAGAAGACGAAAUUACCGCGCUCGUGAUUGACAAUGGUUCGGGUAUGUGCAAAGCCGGUUUCGCCGGAGACGAUGCUCCCAGAGCCGUGUUCCCAUCCAUCGUCGGGCGACCAAGACACCGAAAGUUGGAUAUGGAAGAUGAAGAGCUGAGCGCUUUGGUAAUCGACAAUGGUUCGGGCAUGUGCAAAGCCGGUUUCGCCGGAGACGAUGCUCCCAGAGCCGUGUUCCCAUCCAUCGUCGGGCGACCAAGACACGUCGGUGUCAUGGUCGGUAUGGGACAGAAAGACAGUUAUGUCGGUGAUGAAGCUCAAUCGAAACGAGGUAUCCUCACCUUGAAAUAUCCCAUCGAACAUGGGAUCGUUUCCAACUGGGAUGACAUGGAAAAGAUCUGGCAUCACACAUUCUACAACGAAUUGCGUGUCGCACCGGAGGAACAUCCAGUCCUAUUGACGGAGGCUCCGAUGAAUCCGAAAGCUAACCGUGAGAAGAUGACUCAAAUCAUGUUCGAGACGUUCAACACUCCGGCCAUGUAUGUGGCUAUUCAAGCCGUGUUGUCUUUGUAUGCCUCGGGUCGUACAACUGGUAUUGUGUUGGAUUCCGGAGAUGGUGUGAGUCACACUGUACCAAUCUACGAGGGUUACGCAUUGCCACACGCUAUUUUGCGUUUGGAUUUAGCCGGUCGUGAUUUGACUGACUACCUGAUGAAGCUGAUGACAGAGCGCGGUAACUCCUUCACGACCACCGCUGAGCGAGAAAUCGUUCGAGAUAUCAAGGAGAAAUUGUGCUAUGUCGCUUUGGACUUCGACCACGAGAUGACCACAGCUGCUCAGACAUCCUCCCUGGAGAAGAGCUAUGAGUUACCUGAUGGUCAAGUGAUCACUAUUGGAAACGAACGAUUCCGUUGUCCCGAGGCCAUUUUGCAACCAAGCUUC